AUGGGACCUUACUCCCUUCGUCUCCCACCCACUCUUUUCCCUCCUAGUUUCCAAUCCCCUCCUUUCCGUCCGCGCCUCCCGUGUGCAUGCGCCGUGCCGCAUUCUCCCAUCCGUAUCCGCAUUCCCGCAGUAUGGGAUAGGCACGCGCCCAGCCGCAUUCAGCCAUUCGCACGCGCCCUUCAUCAUUCUCCACUCCGCACGCCCUUGCCGCAUUCUCCCAUCUGCACGCACCUGGCAGCAUUCACUCCUCCUAGCCUCCUCAUCCCCCCUUUCAAUCUCCCUGCUUCGUAUUCCCGCUUUCUUUUUCCAUACCUUUUAGUAACCAUGGCCUCCCAACCCCACGUGAGGUAUGCGCGUGUCCCGACGUCAGACUCCGAAGCUGCUCCCGACUUCGCCUCGAACGCAUCCGCAGCUCCUCCGCCAAUCGCAGGAAGAGCGCGAGGCUCCAAUGAUGCGGAUAUCCGCUUCGCUGGUCCGGACAUCCACAGACGCGUACCAAAGCGAUCGGUGCUUCUCGCGCUGUUCCUGCUGUUCCUGGGGUGCGCGUCGCUAGCAACGUUCUACCUCAUGCAGACGGGCCAAGUGGAGGCUGGCGGGCAGCAGAAGUGGACGUGCCUCGCCAUCGCCUUCCUCACGCUCAUGCCCG